AGGGGGGUGGUUUGUCGUUCAAGUCCUUUGCUCGUUUUUCUGUUAGGUUGUCUGCCUUUUUCUUGUGGGUUUACAGCAGUUAAUUUGUAUAUUUUUAUACAAGUCUUGUAAGAAAUGUAUGUGUUUUGGUGAAGACAAAUAAGAUAGAUACAGGCUUAAAACUUGGGGAAGUUGUAAUAGUUGAGUGAGAAUGGGAAAAGGUUUGACUCCUGUAUUUACAUAUUUUCCAGGAAGCCAAGCUCUGAUAAUUUGUCCAGAUUACAUGAUUUCAUUAAAACAAAGAGGGAGUUACAACUCAGAGUAAGUUGAGAGAUAAAUAACGUGGCACUUUUGAGUUGCUGUCAGACUGCAGGCUCCCACGGGGCACAUUUCAGAGCCACAGUGUUGAUUGCACAACACAGUGUGCAGCGCGCAGGGGUAGCUGUCAUCAUUGAAGCUCAUCUUCUGUGGUUUUAUAAGUCACUUGGACAGAAAAUAAAAGCACACUUUCCACUUUUGGAAGGGUGGCUGCCAGGAUAGAAUAGCUAACGUAGUUCCAAAGCAGGAAACCCGUAGAAUGGCAUGAAGAGGGCCUCGGCACUGGCAUUCAACUGGCUGGGCAGUUGCUGUGAGGCUUUGCAGCCUGCCUUGUGAGAAAGAAUGGGAGAGUUUGUUUCUUCUUCCAGCCACCAGCUUCCUAUGAACCAGCCGUUGGUCGUGGUGGUGUUUAAGGAGAUUAACUUGAUCUUGGGUCCCACUUAUGAAGUUCAGGUCACAGGGUCAUCUUCAGUGCUUCCUUCAGUUCCUAACGGUGCCGUUAAUUGGACUGUUAAUCUACCUGGUGUGUGACUUGGAGAUGGUGACCUGGGUCACUCCUGGUGAUGAUGAAAGGGGCUUAAGGAUUAUUUACAGAUGGGAGAGCUCAGAUCUGUCUUGUAGAAGAUCAUCCUGUAGCAGCACUUUCCUCCCCUUUCGCAGCCUGGUUUAUUCACAUCUGAUGGGAUUGUCCUCCAGGAGAUGUGCGUUUCCUUAUUUGUCAUUGCUUCUCCAUGACUUGUUACCUGAGACAGUGCUCGAGAGAUGUAUUUGGCAGGAGGAGGCCAGUGGUGAAUGUUAGAGGCAGGUGUUGACAGAAAUGCACAGUGGCUCACGGAGGUGGAGAGUGAGCCCUCUCAACUGGAAUUGUUUGAAGCUGAGCCUGGUCCAUGGGAACACCACAGAAGGGCCCUGCAGUGGGAAGUUGGAGAUGCUUUGCAUGUGGGAUGGAAAAUGGAUUCCGAGUCUAUAACACUGAUCCACUAAAAGAAAAAGAGAAACAAGGGCCAGGAUACAGUGCUGAUUCAGCGGGCAUUGGCCAGACUGAUUUCUCCAGUGAAUUGUCAACUUUGAAGCAUCUGCCUUCCGUGUGUCUGGAGGAACAAGGUGUAGUUGACCUAGACCAUUUUCACUCUUCUGAAUUUCUGGAAGGAGGAGUUGGCCAUGUUGAAAUGCUAUUCCGCUGCAACUAUUUAGCUUUAGUUGGUGGUGGGAAAAAGCCAAAAUACCCUCCCAACAAAGUGAUGAUCUGGGAUGACCUGAAAAAGAAGACUGUUAUUGAAAUAGAAUUUUCUACAGAAGUCAAGGCAGUCAAAUUGCGGCGAGAUAGAAUUGUGGUGGUUUUGGACUCUAUGAUUAAGGUGUUUACUUUCACACACAAUCCCCACCAAUUGCACGUCUUUGAAACCUGCUAUAACCCUAAAGGCCUCUGUGUCCUGUGCCCAAACAGUAACAACUCUCUCCUGGCCUUCCCUGGCACACACACGGGCCAUGUGCAGCUCGUGGACCUGGCCAGCACCGAGAAGCCGCCUGUGGACAUUCCUGCCCACGAGGGCGUUCUGAGCUGCAUUGCUCUCAACCUGCAGGGAACAAGAAUUGCAACCGCAUCUGAAAAAGGGACCCUUAUCAGAGUAUUUGAUACCUCAUCAGGGCAUUUGAUCCAGGAGCUACGAAGAGGGUCUCAAGCAGCUAAUAUUUAUUGUAUCAACUUCAAUCAGGACGCGUCCCUCAUCUGUGUGUCCAGUGACCACGGCACAGUGCACAUUUUUGCUGCUGAAGAUCCAAAAAGGAAUAAACAGUCUAGUUUGGCUUCAGCCAGUUUCCUUCCAAAAUACUUCAGUUCCAAGUGGAGUUUUUCCAAGUUUCAGGUUCCCUCAGGCUCUCCAUGCAUUUGUGCCUUUGGAACAGAGCCAAACGCUGUCAUUGCAAUCUGUGCAGACGGCAGCUACUACAAAUUCCUGUUCAACCCCAAGGGGGAGUGCAUCCGGGACGUCUACGCCCAGUUUCUAGAAAUGACCGACGACAAGCUGUGACUUCACCCGGAGUGCAAUCAUCACCCACAGCCGAGUGCCCCAGAGUGCUGAGUGUGCCCCUCAAACUCCUGGGGCUGGUGCCAGCAUCCUUGGGCCUUGUGGGUAAUGGGCUGGAGGGACCGUCCGGGAACCUUGGUCUCGAAGCCAUAUGCGGUUGUCUGUUUUCCUCAGCAAGGCCUUGCAUUUCCAGUGUUAAAGAAAGAGUCAUGGAGGCACCGUGACACUCAUGUGGCUCUGAGCAGCUGGAGCCUGACUGCUGGCUUGUUACCCACAGUUCAGCUGUGACGCUACCUUAAUGGUUCACUGCUUCCUCCCACCUAGUCGGGGCUCUGUGCAAACUUAGGGACUGGGCUGAGAAGAGGGUGGACAAAUCGAAAUUUGUCAUUGGCAACAGAUUCCAUCAUUUUCACUGAGUCUGUAGUGGAGAGAUGAACAGGUGUUAAUGUUAGUUCUUACAUUAUAACCAGAUUUAAAUAGAAUAGUAAUACCAGCAGCUUGCCUUAGAAAAGGAGGAAGGAAUUUUCUCCCAUCUGAACACGAAGAAAGGAGACAGCUGUGUCAGAGAACACAGGUGGGCAUUUCCCUCGUGAGUCCCGCGUCGUGGUCCUCUGUGCCUGUUGCCCUGUGGUUUGGUCGUGUGCGUGCUGGCGUCCUGUCUUUCUGCUGGAGCUGUUGGGACUGAGGCCAGCGGCAGGCCUACCCUGUGAGUCGGCGCUCUGUGCAUCAUCUGGGGUCUCCUGGUGAAACUCCCGGUGAAAACAGUUUCCCGGGUGAAAACAGUUCUCUGUGUGCAGGGAACAGAGUAACACAUAGUCUUUAAAAAUUAGUCAUAGAAGAAAGCAUCUCAAUUUAGAGGAUAUGGAGGGAAAAGUUUGACAUCUCAACAAAGCAGAGCCACUUCCACUCCGUCUCACCCCCUUUUUCUCUCCCCAGUGUUUGUAAGGAGAGCUGCACACUAACGUUUUGAGGAUGAAAGGCACAUAACUUUUUUUAACAUUUGGUAACUAAAAUAGGUUAUGGGCUCAGUGUUAGUACUACUUGAGGACUAUUUGAUUUCCUUAAUUUCCCUUUAAAGAAACCUAAUUUAAGGUUUUGAUUUCAGGUUGCAAACAUUUAAAAUCUGCAGCAGCAAGUUCUCUGUUUUGCCAUUUCUUUUACUGUCGUGUAAUCAGCUAACUUUGUAUGUGGGUUUCAGUGUAAAGUAUGCAUGUUCCUUUCAUGUGUAUUUAAUCAUGAAAUUUAAUUUUGCACACUUAUUUUUAAUGUUUCUUUUAAAUAAAAGUGACUAAUUUUGUUGUAUUCUGUACCCCUCAGGGGAAAAGAAUUGUAUGUUACAAAACCUAGCCCCCAGUUUUGAGAAUCUCAUUGGGUUGUGGGCUCUAGGGAUGCUGUGGCAGGGCCAGGUGGAAGCCAAGGCUGCAGGACACCUGGCCACGCAUCGGGUGAUGGCUUGUCGGUUGAGUUCCCGCUGGGGAGCAGAGGUGAAGAGAGUAAUGUUCCUUAGCAGUUUUUAUGGUCCCUGUCAGGCAAGUUCUGCCCACUGUCUCGUGGGCCUGGAUACCCCUUGCCUGUGUGGUAUAGGGCUGCCCUAUUGGUUUCAAGCUCACUCAUCUAACACUUGAGCCUGAACUUUAGGUAGGGGAAUAGGAGGCAUCCUUCACAUCUGUAUAAUUACUAUUUUGUAUUUUCCCCAAGUACAAUCCCUCUGGUGUAUCUAAGUAUACAUUGCACUGGGGGAGACAUGUCUGUAAAGGAAGAAUGGGAGCUCUCAGUGCAUGGAGAGCCUGGGAACUGGAGAGGAAGGCAUGGCAGACGGAUGUGGCACACCCUGGUGCCAUCCAAAGUGUGAGAGCAGGUCCUGUGGUGAGUCUUCAAGAGGAGAUCAGGCCGUGUCCCUUAACUGCUCUGGCCAUUUUUAUAGUUUGUAAUAGGAGGGGCAGAAGAAGCGCCACUGAAAAUGCAGCUGUGCUAGGGUUUGAGUAGAAUAUUGAAUAUAAGGUUCUUCCGGAGAAGUACUUUGUGAAAUACAGCCUCACGCUUUCGGCUGUGACUGCUUCGUUUCAGACAGCUCAUAAACUGUGCUGCCAUGGUUCAUAGUGUGCCAGGCCUGUGCUCAGGAUGAGCUGAAGUGUCCUCCCUGCAUGACGCGAUGGAAGGGGGGGGUCCCCUCUGGUUCGAGGGGUGGGUUAGGGUGUUUGUGAGCGCUGGGAACUGCACAUUGUGUGUGGAGGGGUGUGCAUCUUCCAUCUCCUACCAGAUUCUCAGGGAUCCUCAACGGGAUGAAGGUUGAGCCUCACUUUCCUUACAGAGGAAGCGACUGAAGUGGCAGCAGAACACACUGCAGCCCCAAGAGCCACUGCAUGGUCAGAUCUGUACAGCUGCCGGCUCCCCCAUAAAGCAUGUUUUUGCCCUAACCUUCCUUCAGGUGAAACUUUUUAUUGUGGUAAAACACACACGAAAUUGACCAGUUUGACCAUUUUAAAGAGUAUGUAGCAUUAAGUACAUGCAAAACGUGCAGACGUCUAGUUCCAGAAGGUUUUCAUCGUGCCAAAAGACAGGACCCCCAGACCCAUUUGCAGUCACACACACUCCCCCCUCCCCGCCCUGAUAAACACCAGCCUCCUUUCAGUUUGCCUAUUUUGGACAUUCUGUAUAAGUGGAACAUACAGUAUGUUGCCUUUUGUCUUUGGCUGCUUUUAGCACAAUGUUGUCAAGCUUCAUCAUGUUGUAAACACUGCUCUUUGCUUUUUAACCAUAGGGUCUCCGAGACAGAGGCAGCCGGGGUGAGCCAGCACUGUCGUUUGGUGUGGAGGAGGCAGUUGUUCAGGUUUCAUCUUCCAGAACUGUCCCAGCCCUGUGAACAGCAGCCCCACACUCAGGGUUAGGAUCAGGACUGAGCCAGCACACACACCUAGGGGCCCAGCCCUAUUUAUUCCCCAACCGGUAAUUCAUGGACAGUGGGAUAAUUUUAGCUUUUUAAUUUUUUUUUUUGAAAUUCACACUUUCUUUUUGGGUGUGUGCAGCUUUAUGAGUUGACAGAUGCACAGUUGUGUGGCCACAGUCCCCCAGGAUUCACUCUCCUUUUGUAGCCACCGCCACCCCCCAGCUCCUGGCAACCACUGACUGUAGAGCUUUCUCAGAAUGUCAUGUCAUUAAUCUUAGUGUAGCAGUCUCCUGGAGCUAUUGUAACAAAUGAGCACAGACUGGCCUGCUUAACACAACAGAAAAUUAUUCUUUCAGGGUUUUGGAGGUUGGAAGUCAGAACCAAGGUGUUGGCAGAGUUGGCUCCUUCUGGGCACUGAGGGAGUCUGUCCCAGGUCUCUCUUCCAGCUGCCGGUGGUUGCCAGCAGCCCCUGGCUUGGAGAUGGGUCAUGGCGACUUCUGCCUGUGUGUGUGUGUGCGCGCGCGUGCACGCCUUUUCUCCUCUUGGGACACCCACAGUUGGAGUAGAGCCCAGCCUGAUGGCUUCAUCUUAACUGGAUCACAUCUGCAAAGACCCUAUUUCCAAAUAAGGUCACAUUCACAGGUACCAGCGUUAGGAUGAUACAUUUCAGCCCAUAACAGAGUAGGUGGCCUCUUGUCUGGCUUUCACUCAGUGUAAGGCCUUUGAGGUUCACCUGUAAUAUUGUAUCAGCAGUUCUUCCAUCGCCAAGUAUCAUCCACGGUCACAGCUUGUUCAUUGACUGAAGGACAUUCGGGAUGUUCCCAGUUUCGGGAGAGGGUACAAAAUGCUGCUCUAAACAUUCAGAUAGAUUUACCUGGUGAAUAUAACUUUUUGUUUGUUUUGGAUAAAUUAUCAAGACUGAGAUUGCGGAGUCAUAUGGCUUAAUGUCAUACAAACUGCUGCAGGAUUCCAGAGUACCUGCUGUUUGCUUUGUCCACAGGUAUAAGCUGCGGCCUCACCAGGUUAGUGUUCUCAAUUUUAAAUUGCUUUUCCUCCACGUUUGGUAGAAUUUGCUAGUGACACCUAGGUCUCAAGUUUUCUUUGUUUUUAUUGUGGAAAAAUUCAUAUAACACAAUUAGCCAUUAUAAAGUGUACCAAUUAAUGGCAUUUAGUAUAUUCACAAUGUUGGGCAGCUACCACCUUAGUUUCAAAACUCGCCUCACACCCCUAAGUUACCUCAUACCUAUUAAGAAAUCACUGCCCAUUUCCUCCCAUCUUCCUGUCUGGUAACCACUGAUUUGCUUUCUGUUCCUCUGGACUCGCCUAUUCUAAGCUAUGUACACUUUUUUAGACAACUUUUUAAAGCACACUAAAUAGACUACAGCAUAACGUAAACUGUUAAAUGCACUGGGAACCCAGAAAGCUCGUGGGACUCACUUCAUCGCAGUGGUCUACUGCGCCCACAGCCUCUCCAGGGUUGUCUUUGACUUGAAGUUCUCGGCGUCCCGUUGCAACUCACCCGUAGGCUUUUUACUGUAUCUUUGUUAGGUAUCACUGGCGACUGCACUAGUGAUCAGGCUACAAAGCUACCUUUUCAGUCUACUUCAGAAUUAAUGUCUUACCACUUCCAGUGACACACAGGAACCUUACAAACUCACCUUCCUCACUGUUGUAACUGUCAAUGUCAUGUUUACGUAACCCUGAACGAAUGUUAGUUUUUACAUUGGAAAGUCAGACAUAAAGAGCCGAAGAAAAAUUUGUUUAUAAUAUUUGCCCAGGUAUUUACUAUUUCUGUUGAUCUCUUUCUCAAUUCCUGAAGUUCCAAGUUUCUCAUUUACUUUCUACCUGAGGAACUUCCUUUAGCAUUUCUUUUUGAGCAGCUCUGCUGGCCCAGUUUCCUUCCUUCAUCUAAGAACAUCUUUAUUUCACUUGCCUUCCCGGCAUUUUC